AUGCCGGAGGCCGCGACCGAGGCCCCGGCCGCCGCCGCCGCCGCAGCAGCAGCAGCAGCGGCGCGCCGCCUGCUCGACUCCCUAGCGGCUGCGGGCGUCGCCGCCGCACACGACGCGUGCGCCAAGGGCGCGACACCCGGCAGCCGAUUCUUCCACUGGGAGUCCGCCGGUGUGCCGCUCAGGGCCGAGCUUGGCGCCCGCGAGGCCGCGGCCGGCGCAGCGACGCUCGCGCUGCACCCCGCGCUCGCGAGCGACGCGCUCGCGCUGCGCCUGUCGGCGCGGCCCGAGCUGGCAGGCCUCCUGCCACAGCGGCCGGCGGCAGCACUCAGCGGCGGCGGCGGGGGGCGGGCGCUGCGCCUGGCGGCCGUGCCGAUUGAGCGCGCGGCCGAGGUGUGCAUGGCGGUGCUGGAAGAGGCAGCGGCCUUGGCCUUGGCCUUGGAGCCCGGGGCCGGGGCGGUGGCGCACGCGGACGUGGACGCGCUCGGCGCUGGUUCCGAGGCGCUGCCGGGGGCGCGCCCCGGCGGCUGCAGGCGCGUCGGCGGCGACGGCGGCGGCGCGCGGCGGCGCCGGCCGCGGCUGCUGCCCAACGGUCACUGCUCGAAGCUGCACCUCUGGAGGGAUCUCGGCGGGGGCCCUUGUGGCUGCCCGAGCAGCAGCAACAGCCGAGCGAGCGGCGCCCCAGGCGGGGACGGCAGCAACGCGAGCGGCGCCAAGCCCUGCCCCGUCCACAUCCGCCACCUCCUGCGCCUCGGGCCCCCCUGCCACUGCCGCGUCCGGCGCCACGUCAGCAUGCAGCAGCUGCUGGCUGAGGCCGGGGCGCGGCUGCUCGCGCAGGGGGGGCUGGUCGUCCGGCGGUGGGAGGGCGCAUCUGAGCCGGACCCCCCGCGCCACGCGACGCUCUUCGUCAGUGGCCUGCCGCAGGCGCACGGCCCCGGCUGGCUGCAGCAGCGGCUCGCGGCGGCGCUGCAGCCGUACGGGCUUGUCAGAGUCCAAGCGGCCCAAGGCUUCCGCGGCCGCUCGCGCGGGUGGGCGCGCGCGGUGGUUGACGCGGGCCGGGCGGAGGAGGCUAUCGCGGCGCUCGACGGCCGCUUGGUUAUCGAGGGCGCCGCGGCCCCGGCGUCGGUGUCCCACGCAACCGGCCGCGCCGACGCGCUGUUCAGCCGCCUGCCGUUCGACGCGCGCUGCGCGCUGCGCGUGGACGACGUGGCGGCCUACUCGGUCAUGGAUGACGUCAGCGCAACCGCCAUGGCUGACCUCGCGGCCGUUGUGACCGCGGCGGCGGCCGGCCUGCGGCCGCCCGCUAUCUCGGCAGGCGGCGCAGGGGCGAGCGCGGCCGACGGCGCGCCGGGGCUGGCGGCGGCGGCAGCGGCGGCGCGGGGGCUGAGCUGCGCCGACAGCGUGCGGCAGACUUGGAGCACAACCUGA